GCUUUCUUUUGCUUCUUGAAAAGCAACUUAUUCCAUUGUAGCAUCUUGUGCUUGGCACUUUUAUUUUUUUUCCCUACGCAUCACUAUACACAACACCAUCCAACCACACAAGAACCACCCACAACCACAACAACAAUGAAGUCGUCUUUGGUGGCAUGGAUGUGCCUCUGUUUGGCAAGCACGUCCGUCGUAUCUGCAGUUCCCGUUCAAUUGGAGGCUCGCGAUGGCACACGCGCUGUCAGUUUUCCACCGAGGCAAGCUUCUGGUCAAGUCCCUCCGGUCUAUACUGCCAACGUCGUCCAGAUUGCAAAAACAUUUGCUCCACCAAAGGUGACAAGGAGGCAGGUCGUCGCCCCAGAGGUGGCUGAACUUGUCAUUGGCGAAAACGGCAACAAUGGCAAUCGCAACAACAAUAACGGAAACAACAACAACCGGAAUACCAAUGUCAGAAAUAACAACAUCAACGACAACAACCGGAACAACAACAACAACAACAACAACAACCGGAACAACAACAAUAAUAACCGGAACAACAACAACGAUGACAUUUUCAUCAAUGUUGGCAACAACCAGAACGAGCUACGUGACGUUAUUGACCAGAUUACCAGAAACGGCAACAACAUUGGUGUCAUCAUCUUUGGUGAUGUGAACAACAACAACCGUAACCGUAACAACAACAACCGCAAUAACAACGGUAACCACAACAACAACAACCGUAAUGGCAAUAACAACGAGAACAACGGUAACAACAACAACCGUAAUGGAAAUAACAACGAGAACAAUGGUAACAACAACAACCGUAAUGGAAAUAACAACGAGAACAACGGCGACAUUUUCGACAAUAACAACAACCGUAACAGGAACGACCGUAACCGUAACAACAACAAUGACCGUAACCGGAACAACAACAACAACAACAACAACGACCGUAACCGUAACAACAACAACAACAACGACCGUAACCGGAACAACAACAACAACAACAUUUUCAUCAACGAUAACCUCCCCAACCGCGUCAUUGACCUUAGCGGCGGCAACAAUAACAACCGCAACAGCAACAAUAACAACAAUGACCGAAACCGAGACGGAAUCACCAUCCUCAGUUCAGGAUCCUCAAACGGAAACGUAAACAUUAACGGAAACGGAAACGGAGGAAACGGGAAUUGAUGUCUUCCCUGGUUCAAUCCCCGUCUAAACAAAAACAUUGUUCACUGUCGAGUUAAAAACAAAAGGGGAAAGAUUUAUAUACGGCGCUUUUUUUGUUUUUGGAAUUGGGGGCAGGUUCCCCCUCCUUCCAAACAAAACAACUUAGAAGAGAAAAAGUAAACGAGAAAAUAACAAAAAAGAGGAUAGGGUUAAAAGAAUGCGAUUUUAGUUUUUGUUGUACAUUUGGGAGAUGUCGUUUGUACAUUUUGUGUAGAUUAUGUUUUUUUGGAUAAUUG